AAAUUAGCUCUUACAUCUAACACAAAAUAUGGAAAACUUUUCAUGCAACUUUUUUUAAGUUUAUGGUUUGAAACAAAAGAAAAAGAUGAAAGAAAAAUUGCAACGAAUUGAAAGAGGCAUGUGAGGAGUGGAAGAAAAGUGUGUGUGAGAGCAAAGUGCAGAAGAAGGAAAGCGAAAAAGCGUAGAAUGGAGAAUCGUGGGAGAAAUGGAAGGAUCACAAAGUUGGCAAGUCACGAGUUGCAGUUCGUGGUUUUUCCAAAGCAUUUCCUUGGAUGGAAAAGAGAGGUGACAGUGCUGAUGCUGAGCUUCAACUUGAUGCUGUUUUUGAGCCCGAUCCUGCCCAGAUAUGUUCUGUAAAUGAAAAUGGUGAUAAGGCCUUCUCGAUUCUCCAGUCCAGGCGACCUAAUCUAUCCUCACUUCAAAUACCAACAUGGUCACUAGAUAUUGCAUUUUCUUCUUUUGCAAGAACUGAUGGUCCUUCAGUUUCACUGUCAAGUCCUGGUUACAUAAGAGGACUUCCCCCAAGGCCAAAUUCAGCCAAAGCCAGGUCUUCAAUGAGAAAUUUACUACCUCAGAGGAGCUUAAAGACAAAUACUCGUUCCCAGGGCAUUGAAAAGACAGGUCUCAUAGUUCCUAACACUCCCCCAUCGGAUGCUCCUUUGGAUAAACCUUCCGCUUCAACCCAUCUGUCUCUUAAUAAUAAGGACAUCUCCCCAUCAACAAAAGUUGCACAUUCAUUACCAGUCACUCCAUUUGCAACUUCAGCUGCAGAGAAUGUACAUGGAAGACCUCCGGGGUUUAGUUCUGGUUUUAGUACAUCAGAAGUUCAUCAACAUAUGACUCGAUCAUUUUCAGUCCCAGUUAAAGGAAAAACCACUAAAAGGACAGAUUCCGGGGGCUUGAUUCGUGUAAUUUCAGCAAAACCGCAUCUCGAAACUGUUGGUGGAAUCUCAACUGAUGGUACUUUGGUUCCAGAGAUUGCCAUUGAAGAUGUGACUGAGGAUAUUCCAGAGGAACAAGCAGUUUGUAGGAUUUGUUUGUUGGAGCUUGGGGAAGGAGGAAAUACACUUAAGAUGGAAUGUAGUUGUAAAGGUGAUCUUGCACUUGCUCACCAAGAAUGUGCAGUAAAGUGGUUUAGUAUCAAGGGAAACAGGACCUGUGAUGUCUGCAAGAAGGAUGUCCAAAACCUCCCAGUAACACUGUUGAAAAUUCAUACUCCUGAAACUACAUCUAGGCAGGAAUCAAAUGUGUCACGACCGACAGAAGUAGCUUAUCACAGGAUCUGGCGGGAGGUACCGGUACUUAUCUUGGUCAGCAUGCUUUCUUACUUUUGUUUUCUAGAGCAACUACUGGUUUCAGAUUUGGGCCCUCGAGCUCUUGCCAUUUCAUUACCUUUCUCCUUUUCCUUAGGUCUCCUUUCAUCUAUGAUUGCAUCAACCAUGGUGAGCAGGAGUUACGUAUGGGCUUAUGCUUGCUUCCAGUUUGCAAUUCUUAUCCUUUUUGCUCAUGUAUUUUAUACUAUACUCGAAUUUAAUGCAGUUCUCUCCAUUCUCCUUUCCACAUUCACUGGAUUUGGGAUUGCAAUCAGCGUGAAUUCACUUGUUAUGGAAUUUAUUGGACGGAGAACUAGUAGGCGGAUUCAAUCCUCCAUUGAGAAUGCUAACAGGACAGAGCAGCUACAGCAACAAUAGUAUCAUCAAUGACAGAUGACAGUAGCACUACCGCAACAUGUCUAUAGUUGAUGCAAUUGGUUCCGGGCAGUCUUCCUCAAUUAUGAAGAAUUUUGUUCUUUUUGUAACUUAAAUUUCUACGCUACAAACAUAAGGAUUUCCAGUUGAAGGUGUGAACCAAGACAUUUGAACGGAUUGUUAACACAGUUAAUCGUUUCUUGUGCUCUUUCCUUUCACUGACAAACAUUCCCAUCGAUGUAAUUGAACCCCAUCAAUAAAAACACCCUUGAGUA